ACCCCUCACAUCACUGACAGGAUUUUGAACUAUCCCGGUGACAGAGCACCAUCCGCCACCGGGUGCAUCUGCUGCAAUCAUGAUUAAGAAAAUGUCACCAUCCGAAAACGAGUUCGACAUACCGGCCAAGAAUUGCCACAGGAUGGUGAUUCUGGGCUCCACUAAAGUUGGGAAGACGGCCAUCAUUUCUCGAUUUCUCAACGAGAGGUUUGAUGACCAGUACACACCCACUAUCGAGGACUUUCACAGGAAAUUCUACAGCAUCAGGGGAGACGUUUACCAGCUGGACAUCCUGGACACGUCUGGGAACCAUCCCUUCCCUGCGAUGAGGAGGCUUUCAAUUCUUACUGGUGAUGUGUUCAUCUUGGUUUUCAGUCUUGACAACCGAGACUCCUUCCAAGAGGUGCAGCGCCUGAAGCGCCAGAUAUAUGAGACUAAGUCCUGCCUGCGAAACAAAACCAAGGAGAACGUGGACGUCCCGCUUGUCAUCUGCGGCAACAAGUGUGACAGAGACUUUUACCGUGAGGUGCAAGAGGAUGAGGUUGAGCAGCUGGUUGGUGGAGACGAACAUUGCGCAUACUUUGAAAUCUCAGCAAAGAAAAACACCAACGUAGACCAAAUGUUUCAGACUCUCUUUACUAUGGCCAAGCUGCCAAACGAAAUGAGCCCUGACCGUCACUGCAAAGUUUCCCUCCAGUACUGCGAAGUUCUCCACAGAAAAUCAUUCAGAAACAAGAAGUGCAAAGACGGGAACGCAUAUGGAAUAGUGGCGCCGUUUGCACGGAGACCAAGCGUGCACAGUGACUUGAUGUACAUAAAGGAAAAGGCUGUAGGGGGCAGUCAGGCCAAAGAGAAAGGCUGCGUCAUAUGCUGACAGUUUAUGUGCCAGUUUGCAAGAGACUUUUCUGUGAGAGUUAGGAGCCGUGGUGGAUAGCGAGUUUACCGACAAGGAAUAUGUAAGCCCAUAAACUGUGACACAGUGGUGCAACCUGGGCUGAGACUUGUGAAAUAGCUCAGCUCACAUAGCUCUGUGUUGUGCAGUAGAUGCUCUGAAAAUGCUGUAAAUCCGUCUCUAUUUUACUGUAGCUUUCUAAGAGCAGCAUCUGAGGAAAAAACAUGUUUACACUUCACUGUGCUUUAUCAAACAUAGUGGAACUUUAU